CACCGCGAAAGAUUUCAUAUAAAUGCAACGAAGUACCGUAUUGUGAACACUACAGUGCUACAUCUGGAAUAGUAUACUUGUGAUAAAUUCCAUUAUGUUUUCGAUUUUUGAAAUAUUAGCUUUAACGACACUGUGCGCUAGUGUCGCUCAAAGUGAAUUAUUAGCGCCAUGCCAUCGUAACGACAAUGUCUGUUUUGAGAAGUCCAUCAACGAUGCCCUGCCUGCGAUCUUCUCUGAAAACAAAGCUCUUGGGAUCGAAUCAUCUGAUCCCUUGAAACUUGACCUAAUUGAGGGCGACAUGCCCGAUAUUAAAUUUAAGUUUAUUUCCCCAAUCACUACGGGAUUCAAGAAAUGUGUCGUGAAAAAUGUGAAAAUGAACUUAGAUGCACUUACCUUACACGAGGAGCUUGAUUGUCCGAAUCUAGAAACAACUGGCAAAUACGAAAUCUCUGGACGUCUCAUCACUUUACCAAUUGAGGGAAGUGGAGACUUCAAAAUCUCUGCUGGGUCAUACAAUAUCAUCCUCGAUUUUGAUUUGGAAACUGUAGUUGGAGAUGACAACAAAGUAUAUCUCUCCUUCAAAUCUUACAAACAGAAAAACGAAGCAACAGCUCCAAUUUCUUUCGACUUCAAAAACCUUUUUAAUGGACAAAAGGAUCAGGCGGACAAUGUCCUCACAUUUGCUAACCAGAACUGGAAACAGGUCUUCCAUCUCCUGCAGGAACCUAUUUGGAACGAAAACAUCAAGAAAAUCGUUUCUACCGGCAACAAACUCUUAAGGACUGAACCCCUUGAUCAAAUGUUCAUAUCACCUUAGGUUGUUAAAGUAAAAAUACUAUACAUUUGUUACAUAUUUUAGUAGUAACAAAUGAAUACACAUACAUUAGUAGAAUAUACUCGUAUAACCCAUGUAUUUCGUUUCUUAUCUACAUGAAAAUAUUCUUCGGCUAUCAGUCACUAUAAUAGUAGGUUUUUUAAACUUAAAGGGCUCAUAUGAAAAAGACCGUAGUUUUAAACAUAUUCUUUAUAUUUUUACUUUAAAAAUAAACUAUUAUAUACUAUCA